AUGUUAUUUGACUUGGAGUCAUAUAAUCUUGCCAAAGGAUACAAAGGUUCUUUCGGUAAGCCCAGACCAUCCAAAGAGAAAACAGAAAAUGAUGACGUACCCGACCAUUUCUUGGAUAACCACGAAGGAUUCUGGAAGGAUGAGUUUAAGCUUAAAGAGGAGAUGGAUAAGAUGGAAAAACCUAAAACCUACAAAGAGUGGGAACAAAGAUUGAGGUACCGCUCCACGCUUAAUACUUCUUUCGAUGAUAAGCUCAUCACUGAAGUGUUGUGGGUCUCCGAUGAUUAUCUUUUAGUGAGAACUACCAACAGAGCCAGUGACAAGAUGGAAGUCUUCUUGGUUUCCACUGAUGAUGGGGCCGAAGGCAAGUUGGUAAGAAAGCACCAUGCGGAGCUGUAG